UGUCAGAGGAAAUGACGGUUUUGACCAGAUGAGAAAUUGGGCUGUUACCUUAGUAACUAACCGGCUGCAAGAAACACACACUCACAAUCAAGUAGUGAGAGCAGGAGACGGCAUGGAAGAGCUCGAUUUGCUGUUGGAAGAGCUGGCCCUGAAUUCAGCUGGUUCAGAAAGUGUUGAUGAGAACAGGAGCAACGAUCCAGCAGUUGGAGGGGUGCCGGGUGUGGUUUAUGCUGGACUUGAAACCAAAAAAGAAAAAGGCACAGUCUGCUCAAAUGUCUACAGUGAUCUGCCAGCUCCUGUGGCAGCUUCCUCGAACCCCAGCUCGCCCACUAGGGAGCUGGACUCCAUCUUGCAGGAUCUGAUGGGUCUGGCAGAAGGGGAUCCAGGGUCUUCAACGACCCCUCCACCACUUACACUUAAGAAGUCUGUGAAAAGGACAACAGAAGGUGGUCAACAGGAGAACAUGGAGAGCAGCAGCAGCACAGCAGGUUCAGAUGCAAAGGCCUCGACCACAAGUAGGAAAACAGAUACUAUAGAUGCCCUGCUAGGAGGGCUGAGCUCUGACUUGGAGAAGAUUGGCGUACGCACCACGGCCAAGGGCCACUGUGCUUCUUGCAACAAAUGCAUUGUGGGAAAGAUGAUCACAGCACUGGGUGAAGUGUGGCACCCUGAACACUUUGUGUGUGUGGCAUGUAAGAUGGAGCUGAGCACCACAGGCUUCUUUGAGAGAGACGGACAGCCGUACUGUGACAAAGACUACCAACAGCUCUUCUCUCCUCGUUGUGCCUAUUGCAAGGGGCCCAUUGUGCAGAACAUCCUGACAGCUCUGGACCAGACCUGGCACCCCGAACACUUCUUCUGUACACACUGUGGAGGCCUGUUUGGACCUGAAGGUUUCCUUGAAAAGGACGGGAAGCCAUAUUGUUGCAGGGACUUCUACCACCUCUUUGCUCCCAAGUGCUCAGGCUGUGGGGAGUCAGUGAGGGAGAACUACCUGACUGCGGCCAAUGGCACCUGGCAUCCAGAGUGCUUCGUCUGCGCAGACUGCCUGAAGCCCUUCACUGAUGGCUGUUUCAUGGAGUUGGAUGGUCGACCCCUCUGCUCCAUUCACUUCCACUCUCGGCAGGGCACCCUCUGUGGUGGCUGUGGUGAGCCCAUCACGGGCCGCUGCAUCUCUGCUCUCGAUCGCAAGUUUCACCCGGAGCACUUUGUGUGUGCCUUCUGUCUGCGGCAGCUCAGCCAAGGCAUCUUCAAGGAGCAGAAAGGGAAGCCAUACUGCUCGUCUUGCUUUGACAAGCUCUUUGUGUGAGGCACACUGAACGUCACUUACAAAUAUGUAUAUAUAAAUACAUUUUAAGUGAUUUUGAAAAUGAAUAUGAUGGAUUACAAAUUAAGAGUGUGUAACAUAAAUUGUGACAUAAAUUAUUAAUAGACGAUGUAAAAAUAUCAAGGGAAAAAUGCUAAUUUUGUAAUAUAAUUAAUAACAUGGUUGUAAAACCAAAGGAAAACACCCGUUUCCCAUGAUAAAACUUAUUACAUAUUUGAGCUUUGGAGGGCUCUAAAAGGUGUGUUGCUGACACUUGAGCUAAAUUAUAUGGGAUUUCAUAUAUCAUGAUCACAUAAAAUUUAUAAAUGGAGAAAGAAAAACACAGAGGUGCAGUUUUAAUCCAUGGUUUCCAUUAAGCUAUCCUCAGUUUGCCAUAAGACUUGGCAGUCCGGAGAUACUCUGGCAGUAUGGAGCAGUUCAUCAAGGGGCUUGUCUAUGUGGCCUGAUAGCUUGUAUUGGCAGUGACUGGCAUGGAAUCGGCGUGCCAACCUGAGUUUCCUCUUACUCUGACUUACCAUUUGGCCCCUGGCAUGCAUUGGAUUCAAACAACCUCUUCAUUCUCCACACAGGCUCCUUUAUAGAUGCCUAUAGAAGAUUAAUGAAGGUGGUAAGGGGAACAAAGGUGGUUUCAGAAGGAGCUCACAUCACUGCAUCUCUUCAGCAACUCACUUUGACUGUUGAGGGAUGAAUCAGCCACAAAGUGUUUUAGAGUAAAUUUAUUUUUGGUGAAACAGGAUCAUGCCUGACGUACUUUUCUGUUCACUGAUGGUGUGGAUGAUAUGUCAAUGUGAGAUAUUUACAGCACAGGGUGUAGAGGAAAUGUUUUAUCUACUUCAAAUGUCAGCUUCUGUUAUCAGUUGUGCAGAAUCGUAUCUGCCCUUUCUCAGGUGAAAAUGAUUCUGUCAUCUAUCGUAGUAAAUAUUUUAACUUAAGCUAUGCAUGAUUAAUGAUCACAUUAACAUUAUCUUCAUACGCAUACUCCCUUUUUUGCUUGUCUUAUGUGUGACUUUACAGCAAGAUACACUGAUACCAAUGGACAGUAGGAAAUUAAUAAUUAAAGCUAUGGUAUUGGAAAUCUC